UCCUUCAGCCUGCGUCUCCCCGUCGCACUCCAAUCCCCCCUCUUCGACGGUAUAAACGAAGAUACAAACAUCCAUCGCUUCCCCGCCUUCCAAGACGUCCUCAAUAUACGCAAGACCGUGCCAACACCAGAACAGCAUUGUACACUCCAUUGCUCCCACAAAGUGUGUGUGAGGCAAAUGACAAAAGGAUUUGGUAGCCCGAUAUGUCAAUGCGUUUCAGAGGAGGAAGAAGAGUGGAGUGUAUCGUGGUACCGACCUGCUAUGGAGCUGGAAGAACUCGAUUUGAUGUCUAUAACGGAGAACACUGCUAAGGUUAAUCCGGCACAGGAGGUCGAUAUCCAUAUCGAGGACGCCAUGAAGAUAGUCGCGUAUCUAGAACCGCGCGCCAUGACUCGUGCGAUGGACGACGGGUAUCUCAGACGCGCUAUGCUGGCCGAUUUCGGCCAAGAUGAAGAAGUUACGACGCGUGAUGCAAUUCACCGGUUCUUCUAUUUAAUGCGGAUGUAUUUCGGUCGUACGCUCCAUUCGCCACGCCAUCGCGUCGUGAGCAUCGAACAGCUCCGGUGCGAAUUGGAUGUGUAUGUCUGGACGCUGCUGGAUGAGUGGGUCACGAAGUAUUGCGACCGUGAAACGCAGAGGUUAGUGCUGGAAAAUAACGGUCCAAUGUGUAUUCUGGACGCCACCUUUGGUGCACCAGCGGCAGUACUGGGGCUGUGGUAUGAGUGUGUUGAGGAUGUUCUUGGGGUACUGAUAUGGCGGGAUGAGGAGGUGAGAUGGCGUAGACUAGAGGGUGUGAUUGGGUUUUGUGUUUUGUUAGUCAUAUUCUUAUUGUUUGUCGGUAUCGUGUUUUCGGGGGGUUGGUGUCGCAUAUCUGAUGGCGAUAAGGCUGGGUGAAAGUGGAGAGUUGUUGGUAUCAGCAUUCAGUUAUGAGGGUUCUAAACCAAGCCACACUUUCGGGGUCAAUACGAUUGCUGCGUAUUAUCGUAUUCAUGUCAAAUAUAUGAGCUCAUCUUUCCACGUACUCAGCAUGGGGCAAAUCGCUACCUGCGUAUGCAUAUGCUGGAACGAAUAGGCCUUCAUCAGCCCAACAAAAUGCAAACACACCGCAAUCACCACA